AUGGAUCUUCCAGUUGUGGUUGAUUCGAACGACGAUGAAAUAGUCUUCCACGAACUAGAGCAAAUGAGGAGCAUAUUGGAUGAGGCGAUUUUGGAAACGCGCAGCAUCCCUCUCGAAAAUCGACCGCGACUUCCCCGCAUACCCCUAAGCAAGCGAAAUCGGGCUGUCGUGAGGGCUCUUAACCCAAUGCUGAUGACCUAUUCGGAAGCCAGCCGGGACCUUUGCGAGAUGCACUCAAUUCAUUUUGGCACUGCAGUGGCAGUUUGCCAUAUUAUUGGCGCCAAACUUCCUUUGACUGGACGCGCUACUAGACAAAGUAGCACCAUCCCCGCCUGGUGA